AGGGUCUAAGUUCAAUUAUGACAACUUUGCUCUUUUUUAAAUGUUUCCACCAAACGGCAGGGUCCGUGCAAAUGGACUGCACUGCGCUCCAGCUCAUGGCCACCUCAUUGCAUUCUCUCCGAAGACAUGGUUUAGCUCCAAUGCAGCCCCUGCAAACAUCAUGAUAGUAGGACCAGCUAAUGUGGAUUUAGUAAUGAUGGACGAUCUCUUGCUUCUACCCGCGCAUCCAGACAACCCAUGUCCUUAGCCAGUUGGAUACCAUGGAAAAAAGUAGCAAGAGCCUCCACCGACACGGCACUGCAGAAGACAUGUGGUAAUAUCAUUGAAUUGUUCUCAACUUCUCAUUUUCUCUCCUUUACUGUUUUUCCCCUUUAUUUUUCUCUCUACUUUGUUAUAUUCUCCUAGGUAAUUUUAUUUUUAUAAGAACAAUAAUUAAAAAUUAAUAUAUUAAAAGCAUUAAU